AUGCUGCAAGGUUCGAAGCCUAACCGAGAAAGGAAUGCCACCCCGACACUCAACGGCAAUCAGACCUUCGUCAUAAACAAACUCCGAAAGGUCGAAGAAGCUCCAUUCAACUCUAGUGCAAAUCAGCACGACCCGACCUGUCAUGGUGAAACGCGUCGCGAACUGCUUCAAGAGAUCCAUGAGUGGACUGAUGGCCCAAUAACAGGCCAGCAUAUAUACUGGCUCCAAGGAAAGGCUGGAACUGGAAAGUCAACAAUUGCCCGGACCGUGGCUUGUAAGCUUGACGGGUGUGGUAUUCUUGGAGCCAGCUUUUUCUUCAAAAGGAAUGAAUCUGGCCGUGCUAAUGCUGGCUAUCUCUUCUCAACCAUUGUUGCCCAGCUGGCACGAAGACUGCCCGCCACUGCCGAGCACAUGCGACACGCCAUCGAAACUGAUCCUGAGAUAGCCAACAUGGCAUUUCAAGCACAAUUCAGAGAACUGAUCGUGAAGCCGAUGAUAAAGUCUAUUCAGGCUCGCACUUACAGAACCAUGACAGUCGUGAUUGAUGCGCUCGACGAAUGUGACAGACCCAAUGACGCAAUGACAAUCAUAAAGUUGCUUCUACAGACUGAACUUCCGACGGUAGCUCCCCUGAAAUUCUUUAUCACUAGUCGAUAUAAGUUCCCAGUUCUCUCAGAUCACCAGGGAAUCCAAAGCCGAGUCACCGAAUUUCUUGUUCACGACAUUCCACCGCCGAUUGUUGAGCGGGACAUCGCAGCCUUUCUGACAUCUCGAUUGGGUGAUAUCCGGAAAGAGUUCAAUAUGACAUCCACUUGGCCAGGCCAGCCACAGUUUCAAAGGCUGCUGAAGAGAUCGGUUCCGCUAUUCAUUUUUGCUGCCACUGCCUGCCGCUUCAUUGAGGAACGUCAACAAGGUGGUGGACCGCAGGGUCGCCUUCAGAAAAUCUUGCAAAAUGAAUACCAAGGGCAACUUGAUCAAAUAUACCUGCCUAUUUUAAAUCAUAUGAUUUCUGGACUUUCGGACUCUGCGACUCGAACGGCACUGAAGGAAUUCAACCUGAUUGUUGGCUCGAUCAUCACCCUUGCAGAUCCUCUGGGAGUUGGACCUCUGGCGAAGCUCCUAAGUUUUAGCACUGACUGUAUUGAGGAUAGACUAUAUUUCCUUCAUUCCGUUCUCGACAUUCCACCCGACGCUGAUAGUCCUGUGAGGAUAUUUCAUGAAUCUUUCCGUGACUUCCUAGUUCACCCUGACUCGGAGGCUGGCGCAAAGUUCCAGGUUGAUGUGACGGCCACGCAUAAGAUGCUUGCACGGAAAUGUAUUACGCUGCUCGGCGACGGUGGAGUCUUAAAAAGGGACAUUUGUGGGCUAGGAGAAGCGGCUAAGGCACGUGCCACUCUUGACCAACAGGUUAUUGAAGAAAAACUGCCAAAAGAGGCUCGAUAUGCAGUUCUUUACUGGGUACAUCACCUCAGGAGGAGCCAACCUAGUACAGUAAACGAUGAGGGACAAGUACUCCGGUUUCUUCAGAAUCACCUACUCCAUUGGCUUGAGGCUUUGAUUCUGUUGGAGGAAAUCUCAGAGGGCAUCAAACUUAUUGGUGAGUUACAGGUUCUAUUCAAUGUAAGUCGCUUGUCUGAUCGCAGAUUUAUUUGCAUGGUAGCUGACGUGCACAGGGGAGUCGAAAGUCUGUAA